AUGCAGCCGUGCGGGUGGGAGCAGCGGUGGCGCUGCCAGUGGCGCUGUCGGUGGCGCAGCGGUGCAGGCCGGUGCAGCGGGCGCUUGCUGGCGAGCAAGGGCCCAUCACCACGGUCAGCCGCUGAGGCCGGAAGGUCGGUGCACCUGGGCCCCGCAGAUGCAGACGGAGUCAGGGCAGAUGAGGUCGUACCAGGAGGAUCGCGCCGCAUCGCUUCUCGGAGGACGCGUAACGGAGGGCCUCCGCUCCUCCUCCUCCUCCUCCUCCUCCUCCUCCUCCUCCUCCUCCUCCUCCUCCUCCGUCUGUCCCGUUCUUCGCCUGGCCGGUUUCAGACAUCAUCGGCUGCAUGUUUCAUGGAGCCAGCUUAG